GCAUAUAUACCAGGGGUGCAGAUGAACCCCUUUCAUCGACAGGAUCAUACAGCAACCAUGAUUUCUCUGGUCUUCGUUCUGCUCAUUGGAGCCGCUUUCGCCACAGAGGACGACAAGAUCGUCGGAGGGUAUGAGUGCAAGGCCUACUCCCAGGCCCACCAGGUGUCUCUGAACUCUGGAUACCACUUCUGUGGUGGCUCCUUGGUCAAUGAGAACUGGGUUGUGUCUGCUGCUCACUGCUACAAGUCCCGUGUGGAGGUGCGUCUGGGCGAGCACAACAUCAAGGUGACUGAAGGUAGCGAGCAGUUCAUCUCUUCAUCCCGCGUGAUCCGUCACCCCAACUACAGCUCCUACAACAUCGAUAAUGACAUCAUGCUGAUCAAACUGAGCAAACCCACCACCCUCAACACCUACGUGCAGCCUGUUGCUCUGCCCACCAGCUGUGCCCCCGCUGUCACCAUAUGUACCGUCUCUGGAUGGGGCAGCACCAUGAGCUCCACUGCUGACAGCAACAAGCUGCAGUGCCUGAACAUCCCCAUCCUGUCCUACAGCGACUGUAACAACUCCUACCCUGGCAUGAUCACCAACGCCAUGUUCUGUGCUGGAUACCUGGAGGGAGGCAGGACUCUUGCCAGGGGUGACUCUGGUGGCCCUGUGGUGUACAAUGUUUGCAUCUUCAAUGACUGGCUGACCAGCACCAUGGCCUCCUGCUAA